AUGGAUAUGGAAGCUAUCCAGCCUGAUGCCAGGCGAGGAAGGUGUAUACUCACCUAUGAAGAUGUGCACGUGAACUUCACACAGGAAGAGUGGGCUUUGCUGGAUCCUUCCCAGAAGAGUCUGUACAAAGAUGUGAUGCUAGAGACCUAUGGGAAUCUUACAGCUAUAGGCUACGUUUGGGAAGAUCAGAAUACUGAAGAACUCUUUCAAAGAUCUAGAAGAUAUGAAAGGCAUGAAAGAAGUCAUACUGAAGAGCAACCCUCUGAGAUUUUUCAGUGUGGGCAAGCCUUUUCAUUUCAGAGUCAUAACCUAAGACAAGAAAGAAUUCAUACUGGAGAGAAACCCUAUGAAGGUGUCCAACAUUUUGAAGCCUUUGCAUAUCACAGAAGUCUCCAAGUACAUAAAACAAGAGUUGAUGGAGAGAAAACCUAUGAGUGUAACCAAUGUGGUAAAGAUUUUGUAUCUUACAGCUAUCUUCAAACCCAUCAAAGAGUACAUACUGGACGGAAAGGUUUUGAAUGUAACCACUGUGGUAAAGCCUUUUCAAAAAACAGUAAUCUCCAAAGACAUAAAAGAACACACACAGGAGAGAAACCCCAUGUGUGUCAUCAGUGUGGUAAAGCCUUUAGAGUUAAAAGUCAUCUUCAAAUACAUAGAAGAACACAUACUGGAGAGAAACCUUUUGAAUGUAACCAAUGUGGUAAAGCCUUUGCACAAAAUAGUAGUCUUCUAACACAUAAAAGAAUACAUACUGGACAGAAACCUUUUCAGUGUAACCAAUGUGGUAAAGCCUUUGCAAGAAACUAUCAUCUCCUAACACAUACAGUAAUACAUACUGGAGAGAAACCUUUUGAAUGUAACCAAUGUGGUAAAGCCUUUUCACAAAAUAGUAGUCUUCUAACACAUAGAAGAAUACAUACUGGACAGAAACCUUUUCAGUGUAACCAAUGUGGUAAAGCCUUUGCAAGAAACGAUCAUCUCCUAACACAUACAGUAAUACAUACUGGAGAGAAACCUUUUGAAUGUAACCAAUGUGGUAAAGUCUUUGCACAAAAUAGUACUCUUCUAACACAUAAAAAAAUACAUACUGGAGAGAAACCUUUUGAAUGUAACCAAUGUGAUAAAGCCUUUAUAAAUAUUGGUAAUCUUCUAACACAUAAAAGAAUACAUACUGGAGAGAAACCUUUUGAAUGUAACCAAUGUGAUAAAGCCUUUACAAAUAUUGGUAAUCUUCUAACACAUAAAAGAAUACAUACUGGAGAGAAACCUUUUGAAUGUAACCAAUGUGGUAAAGCCUUUACAAAUAUUGGUAAUCUUCUAACACAUAAACGAAUACAUACUGGAGAGAAACCUUUUGAAUGUAACCAAUGUGGUAAAGCCUUUACACAAAGUAGUAAUCUUAUAAAACAUAAAAAAAUACAUACUGGAGAGAAACCUUUUCAGUGUAACCAAUGUGGUAAAGCCUUUGCAAGAGACUAUAAUCUCCUAACACAUAAAAGCACACACACUGGAGAGAAACCUUUCAACUGUAACCAAUGUGGUAAAGCCUUUGCAAGAAACUGUUAUCUGCUAACACAUAAAAGAACACAUACUGGAGAGAAACCUUUUGAAUGUAACCAAUGUAGUAAAGCCUUUACACAAAGUAGUAGUCUUCUAAAUCAUAAAAAAAUACAUACUGGAGAGAAACCUUUUCAGUGUAACCAAUGUGAUAAAGCCUUUUCAAGAAACUAUCAUCUCCUAAGACAUAAAAGAAUACAUACUGGAGAGAAACCUUUUGAAUGUAACCAAUGUGGUAAAGCCUUUGCACAAAAUAGUACUCUUAUAACACAUAAAAGAAUACAUACUGGAGAGAAACCUUUUGAAUGUAACCAGUGUGGUAAAGCCUUUGCACAAAACUGUGAGCUCCAAAUACAUAAAAGAAAACAUACUGGAGAGAAACCCUAUGAAUGUCAUGAAUGUGGCAAAACUUUUUCAAGUCCUUCUGGAUUCACAUAUCAUAACAGAAGACAUAGUUCAUACAGGAGAGAAAUCUUUUCCAUGAGCCCAUGA